ACCACAAGUUCUCGAUGGCUCAUUCCAACGUCUGGUACUCACGCCCAAGAAUCUACGGUAAAGGUUCACGUAGCUGUCGUGUAUGCGGCAAGAACGGCCAAGGUUUGAUCCGUAAAUACGGUAUGGACAUCUGCCGUCAAUGCUUCCGUGAGAAUGCCAGUGCUAUUGGUUUCGUCAAGUACAAGUAAAACUAGUUCCUCAGAUUUACUUGAAGUAUUAUAUGUUACAUACAUAAAAGAGACGAUUCCUGGAAUUAUUUUUUCACCCGC